AUGGGAAAAUUACCCUUCGAACAUUGGCGACCCAUGAAGUUGCAGCCUCUGCCCAUGUACGGCUCGCUCCCGAAUUCCGAGCAGCUGAAGGUGUUCCGCCGAGCGCCCAACGACACGCGUAAAGUCAUCGUGGCGACCAACAUCGCGGAAACCUCCAUCACGAUACCCAACGUGAUCUACGUGAUCGAUUGCGGUUUCGUCAAGCUGCCCUGGUUCGACGUCGAAACGCAGACGAAUGGGCUCAUCAUCGCCCCGGUGUCCAAAGCUUCGGCCGACCAACGUGCCGGCAGAGCCGGUAGAGUGAGAUCGGGCAAAGCUUACAGAUUGUACACCGAAGAGGCGUUCAAUGAACUGAUAACCGCAACUCCGCCCGAAAUGCAGCGUUCGGAUCUCGGACCUGCUGUACUGCAGCUCAAAGCCUUGGGUAUCGACAACGUGCUGCGCUUUAGUUUCCCGUCAUCGCCGCCGAGUAAGAGCCUGCUCUCUGCCCUCGAGUUGUUGUACGCUCUCGGGGCGAUAGACGACAGGGGCGAGCUCACUGAUCCGGUAGGAGUGACUAUGGCCGAGAUACCGCUCGAGCCUGUGUUUGCCAAAUGCUUGAUCGCGUCAGGUGAAAUGGGCUGUUCCGAAGAGAUAACGACCAUCCUGGCGAUGCUGCAGGUGCAAAACGUAUUUGUACGACCGACGAGCGGCCAAGCUGCGAUCAAAGCUCGGAUAGCUCGACGUCUCUUCGAGACCGCGGAAGGUGACUUGCUCACGCUACUCAAUGUUUACGCGGCCUACGAGAAGAACAAGACAAACAGCUGGUGUCAAAAGUACUUUGUCAGUAGCAAGGCUCUGAGACGUGCCACGGAAAUACGCGUUCAGAUGCGCAAGCUCGUCAAGAGACUAGGCAUCGCCCUCGAGUCUUGUGGAGUGAACAUCGAACCGAUUCUCAGAUGUUUGACAGUCGGACUCUUCCCGCAUGCGGCUUACUUACACUAUAGCGGGGUUUACAGGACGGUGAGGGGUAACAAGGAUCUGUAUAUACAUCCCCACAGUUGUUUGUAUACUUUGGAACAGCCACAAUGGAUAUUAUUCAGCGAGAUUUUGCAAACUGACAAAGCAUACAUGGGAGACUUGACUGUGAUAAGGCCUGAAUGGCUGAUUGAAUUGGCACCGCACUUUUAUCAGAAAACUGCGAUCGACGAUAAUUAAA